AUGGGGGAUAGAUCACUGUAUUCUACUAGUAUUGUUUGGACAGCUGAUGGAAUUACAGCAAUAAUGGAUGUUAUGUCCUUGAGGAUUAAAGCAAUGAUAGGACUGUUUCUACUGCUUCACCAUUGGGAAUGUGGGAAAUCUUCUGCUGAGUCAGUUCUCGACAAGCUAGCUCCCUGUGAUGCUGCUGCACAGGAUAAAAAUGCCAAGGUUUCUCGCAAGUGCUAUAAUGAGGUGAAAAUUUUCGGCAAACACCGCCUCUGUGCCAUUAUACUUUCCACGGAAGCCGAGAGUCUAGGCAUCAAGCCAGAAGCUGCAAUGAGUACCAUUCCUAAACGCUGCAAAUUUUCUAAACGUCCUAUGGGAGGUCCUGUGGGUUAUAAGCGUGGAGGUUAUACAGUACCUUGA